UUUGUGACGAGAUUUCCCGGCCCUUGAUUGGCUUAUAAUUAUUGGUUUUCACCAUACAACACAUACUCCUGAUCAGACGACCCCACUAGAUUGUUGAUCACAGGUAGCGUCUUAUUUGUGAUUUCUGGUGUUCAAAAGGGAACCAACUCACCUCCAAAUCAAAUGAAAAUGGUGUUCCUUCAUACAACUUGUUUCUGGCUAACUUUUGUUUCUGUACUUGUUCCUCUUUUUCUUCUCAAAUUAGCAAGGAAGCUCAAAAACCAAAACAGAAACAAGUUCCCUCCUAGCCCUCCCAAGCUCCCUAUCAUUGGUAAUUUUCAUCAAUUCGGGGAGCCACUUCAUCGUUCUCUGUGGGAACUCUCUAAACAAUAUGGUCCGGUCAUUCUUCUGCAUCUUGGGAACGUACCUACGGUUGUCAUCUCAUCGGCAGAAGCAGCAAAAGAAGUCUUGAAAACACAUGACCUUGACCUUUGUAGUAGACCACCUUCGGUUGGUAUCAGACGCCUGUCUUACAACUAUUUAGAUAUUUCUUUUGCACCUUAUGGAGAGUACUGGAGAGAAAUUCGGAAAGUAUGUGUUCUUGAACUUUUUAGUGUCAAUAGAGUUCAAUCUUUUGGGACUUCGAGAGCAGGAGAAGUUGCAGCUAUGAUUGAUUCUAUAUCUGAAUCCGCGGUUUCUAACACUCCUGUCGACAUCUCUCGGAAGCUGUUAUCUCUUACUGAACAAAUUAUUUUUAAAGUUGCUUUUGGUAUGACUGAUAAAAGAGAGCAAUUAGGUAAUUUUGAAACUAUUAUUUUCGAAGCUAUAGAUAUGUUGAGUAGUUUCUCUGCCACCGAUUAUUUCCCUGGAGUGGGUUGGAUUAUAGACAGACUCACUGGAUUGCAUGGAAGACUUGAGAAGAGCUUCCAUGAUUUAGAUAAUUUUUAUCAGAAAAUCAUCGACGAGCAUCUCGACACUCGAAGAUUAAAAUCAGGCCACGAAGACAUCAUAGAUGUUCUGCUCAAACUGGAGAGGGAAGGACUUCAUUCAGUUCAUCUGACGAAAGACCAUAUCAAGGCAAUUCUUAUGGAUUUAUUUCUUGCAGGGGUAGAGACAUCUGCCGCUACCUUAAAUUGGGCAAUGACAGAACUGGUCAGAAACCCAGAGUCAAUGAAGAAAGUACAAGAAGAGAUUAGAAGUUAUGUAGGAAAUAAAGGGAAGGUAGAAGAAGUAGAUCUUGAUCACUUUCCGUACCACAAAAUGGUAGUUAAAGAAACACUAAGACUUUACACGCCGCUUCCUUUACUGCUUCCUCGACAAAGUAUGCACCAUUGCAAGAUCCAUGGAUACGAUAUAUUGCCCGAAACUAGGGUCUUUAUAAAUGCGUUUGCCAUAGCAAGGGAUCCCAAGUAUUGGGAGAAACCGGAUGAGUUCUUCCCAGAGAGAUUCAUAGACAAUUCCAUGGACUUUAGAGGACAGUCUUUCGAAUUUUUACCCUUCGGUGGAGGUCGCCGAGGGUGCCCAGGUAUUCAUAUGGGGCUCUCCACGGUGGAUUUGGCGCUGGCAAAUCUUUUAUAUUCUUUUGAUUGGGAAUUGCCAAAAGGAAUGAAGAAAGAAGAUAUCAACAUGGACGAAUCAUCCGGACUCGCACUCCACAAAAAAUCCGCUCUUCACCUGGUGCCUAUCAAGUACAUGUACUAGUUGUUGAUGCUCAGAAGAGGACCUUGUUGAAAGAAAACAAAUGCAUGUAUCUAUCUCUGUAUCUUAAUUAAUUCACUAGGGUCCAGGCUGUUGAAUUGAAGUUGUCCGUGUCCCAAAGCACUAAUUAUAAAGCUCCAAAGGCAGGACUUCAGUGGCGACAGCAGCGCAAUGCUCAUCAGACUACGUAAUUAAUAAGAAGAUGUUUCGUCCCCCCCCCCCCCCCCGCAAUUAAUAAGAAGAUGUUUCGUCCAUAGACUACGUAACCAAUGUGCUCAUCAGUUAGCCCUCUGGGUAAAAACCAAUUAUGUUUUCAUGUAUCAGACUAUGCUUCCAUGCCUAGUUAGCAAUUCGGGAUAUGGAAAACGUUCGGAACGGGAUAUAUAUACGAGUAUUAUACAGAUUCAUAAAAAUCAAAUUCGGUCUAUAUAGUUCGUGAUUCGGCAGUAAUACGAAACGACGUGUGUGCGUGUAUAAUUCGAUUUAGAGAUAUGAAUUCAGCAUAUAUUAACAUGUUAGAAAAUCAUUUUUAAUAUAAUCUCUUCUUACAUAC